AUGUUGUGGGGGGGUAGGUUGGAUAGAUUUGUUGGGGGGGUUGAAUGGGGGGGGGAAGUGGUAUGGGGGGGGUGUGGAGUGAUGGGUUAUAUUGUGGUUGGGUGUGGGGUGUUGUGUGGGUGGUUUGUGUUGUGUAAGGGGGGGGAAAGGUAUUUGGGGUGUUAUGGUAUGGGGGUUGAUAAGAGGAUGUUGGAGGGGGUGGGGGUGGGGGGGUGGGGUAAUGGGGGGGGGUUGGGUGGAGGGGGGAGGGGAGGGGUGGGAGGGAAGAGUGGAUAG